AUGGACAAGAGCCUCGACGACAUCAUUGCCACCCGUCGCACCCCCCGCCGUGGUUCCUCGCGCCGUGGCACCGCCAAGGCCCAAGUUCUCGGUCGCGGAAACGCCGCCCCCACUACUCGUGCUCAGGCCGCCGCCACUACUGCCGCUGCCAAGCCUACGGUCCAGCAGCCUGCUGACAAGAUCAUUGUUUCGAAUCUGCCCCAGGAUGUGAACGAAGCUCAAGUCAAGGAGCUUUUCCACACCACCGUCGGCCCCCUUCGUGAGGUGACCUUGCACUACGAUAGUGCGGGUCGUUCCAAGGGUGUUGCUGCCAUUCAUUUCCAACGCAAGGGAGACGGCACCAAGGCCUACCAGCAAUACAACAACCGCCUCAUCGAUGGAAGUUAG